CUUCUAAAAAUGGUUUUUUAAAGAAGCCAGAAAUACUAAACUUCAUAAUGUCCAAACGAAAUGCUACUGUGGUUGCCGAGGAGGACAACUAUCUGGAUGACUUGGUGCGCGACCAGCAGAGCAAUCGGCCGUCCAGCAGCAAACACACCUUGGAUUCGGACGAAGAGGAUAGCGGUGACGAUGACGCCCAAUACGUUUUAAACGACAAUGAUAUAGAAGGAGAAGAGGAAGGUAUCGCUCGAGUUGAUGGAGAGACUAAGUUCACUCCGUUUAAUAUGAAAGAGGAGAUGGAGGAAGGACACUUUGACGCAGAUGGCCAUUAUCUUUGGAAAAAAGGAGCGGAAAUUCGUGAUAAUUGGUUAGAUAAUAUAGAUUGGGUCAAACUUAAGAACGAUCCGAACUACAAGGAUAAAAAGGAUGCUGCUGUGAAAGGUUUGGGAGAUUCCGAUUCAGAAGAUGAUGACGAAAAGUUGAAAACAUUCGAUUUGUCUGCUACUUACCGGAGUAUUUUCAAUAUGAUGGAACCAACUGAAACCAUUAAAAAGGCUCUUCAAAGGAUUGGCAAGAAAACAGCGAAAUUGACAACAGCACAACGCUGGAAAAUGAGAAAAGCUGGAACGAUUGAUGAGUCUAGCGAAAUGGUAACCAAAUUAACUGCGUUGGCUAAUGAGAUAUUAACCCGUGAAGGUAAUAUGGAUAUUUACGACGAAACCUAUGAAAUGAUUCAGAAAAAGUUAAACGAAUCCAAAGCGAAUGCUGGAGAUGAACUAGACAUGUACGCGGAUGAUUUUGACAGUAAAGAAAAAGAUAAAUUGGUCGAUGGAAGUUCAGGCAACGAAGCGUGUGCUUCGGAAGCAAAACCAUCCUCGUCGAAAGAUAAAAAUGAUGAGAGCAAGCAGCCUUUGAUGUGGGAAUACAAGGAGCAGCAAAACGCAGAGGCGAUAAUUGGCCCCUUUACGACGGAGCAAAUGCGGCAAUUUGCCGAGGAAGGCAAAUUUAGUAGUGGAGCAUUUGUCAGAAAAGUAAGCUCGGAUGAUUCACGCUUUUAUUCUGCUGCACGAAUUGAUUUUGAUUUGUACUUAUAAACAAUAAAAAUUGUAAAA